GUCACACGAACUAUGGUGCCGUUGGCAACAGCGGCAGCUGACGCGGGAAGAACACAGUAAGCGACAGCAAAAGUCAGUGUCUCUGUACAACGAAAACAAGAAAUCCUCAAACAUUAAAGUUAUGGAAAGCAAGUUUAGCUCUUUAAAUAUUUUUAUAACAAGCGAGAAGCUUGUUUGAUUCCGUUUUUACGUGGCUGCUUGCUUGCUAAUCGAAAAAGAGGCGGAUUUUUCAGCAUCUGCCAAUGGCUUCGAAAGCUUGGCAGAAUCCUUAUGUCAACAUUUUUAAGCAUGUCAAGAUAGAAGAGUGGAGGAAAUCAGCCAAAGAGGGAGAAGUUUCAACGUUUAGGGACAAGUUGCUCAAAUGUCCAGUGUUUCGCAUCAGUGGUGUUAUUCCAGAAAACAGCUACAUCCUAAUCCCCAGAAACACCAAACAAUCUCUGGAACUGACUGGACACUUUUUCUACCUUCUCUUCAGACCUUCUGCUGGAAAGUAUUUCUUGGUCCACAUAGAUGUUGCUUCAAAGGAGGGCCAGAUUGUCCGCAUCUCCUUUUCCAACAUGUUUCCAGAGUUCAAAUUCACUCCAACAUGGCUUCAGUUUCCUUUCGUGUGUGGUGCUGCCAAGGGUUCCGUUUAUGAAACGACUGCCAAAUCUGCAAAGCAUGGUUUGGUUGGUCGUGCUCCUGGAUCGGUGCGUUGGACCUGUUUGAUGCUGGAUCUGCAGGACAUUCUCUCUUUCUACCUCAAUUGCUCCUACAGUCACCUGAAAAGUGUCAAACUAUUUGCCAACAUGGAUGUAAAAAACAUGUUUACAAGUGACUUGCUGCUGGAUCCUGGAAUCUCCUUUACUGAGGCAAAGCAAAUGGGUCACUCCUUUUUGCAGGGAACAGGUCCCAUCCCCAGAGAAAUGUCCUUCCCUGUCCCAAAAGGAACGGCCUGGCAUGACCUCUACGAUCACAUAAAGUUUCCCUCAGAGGGCACUAAGUUACCUUUCAACUCCAUUCAAAAAGAAAACUCUGAUCCAGAGACUAAAUGUACUUCAAAGCAAAGCAUUCCAGGAAGAGGAGCCUCUCGCUGUGUCAACCUCAGCAGAGCAGUUCAAGACCGUGUUUCCCUUAUUCAGCAGAUCACUUCUCCCAAGCUACCAACAAGAAAUCAAACCCCAGUGGUUUCCAGCGUCCCUGAAGUGGGGGUCGUCUCCUCUCAUCCAAAGGAUUGGCUCGUCCACAACGACUUCCAACAUCAAGAAUCUGCAAGUUCUAAUUCACAGCAGCAAACAUACAGUCCGUCUUCUGAUGCCACUGAUGGUGGAAUUCAUGUGUACGUUCAUUCCGUGGAUGGACUUAGCAUUCAUGGAGAGGAAAGUGAGGAAGAGUUGGUUUGUUCGCCUGUUCCACAACCUGUUUCUCUGACACUGUCUAAGGGAUUCAAACAGCAGAAGCUGCUUCCAGAUCCGAUUCUCAGGCUCAGUCGAAUUAUUGGUUUUGGAGGAGCCUCUACUAAACACGCCCUGUGGACCAAAUCAGGCAGUGAAGUGGUAUAUCCAUGUCAUGCAAUUAUCAUCUCCAUGAAGAUCUCCUCUAACCAGCAGAGAUUCUUCAUUGGCCACACUGAUAAGGUUUCUGCACUGACGUUUAAUGGUAGCACAACAGUUUUGGCCUCAGCACAAACUGGAAACAACAGCGUAGUUCGAGUAUGGGAUUACCACAAUGGAAACUGCCUGGCCAUGUUCAGAAAUCACGCUCAUUCUUUAUCCUGCCUCAGCUUCUCGUCUGGAGCUGCUGUUCUCUGUGGAGUCGGUAAAGAUGUCCACAACAAAACAUUGGUUGUGGUGUGGAACACUCUGAACGUCAGAAAAGGUGGACCGGUGACCGUCUUAGCCAAAGCACACACAGAAGUGGACAUCAACACCAUGAAGAUCGCCUUCUUUGAUGACACAAGGAUGGUCUCAUGCGGCAGAGAUAAUAUCCGGCUGUGGCGAAUCCGGAAUGGAACGCUGCGCUCCUGUCCAGUUGACCUGGGGGAAUAUCGCUCGCUGGACUUCAGCGACGUGACUUUCGAGGAGGGAAACGCUUCACACAAACAUGUUGAUGAUCGAACACUAUUUGCCUGCAGUCGGAGUGGGCAUAUUUUUGAGAUCGAUUAUGGUCGAGUUUCUGUUAAAAAUAUGAGGAGGCUGUUACCUUCACAACAGCAGCACGCCAGCCGCAGGGAGAAGUGGACUUUUAACACAGGUCCUGGAAUUGCCAUCAACAGCAUCAGUGUAUCUUCAUCAUUUUGUGCAACAGGCUGUGAGGACGGCUUCAUGCGUCUCUGGCCUCUGGAUUUUUCUGCCGUCUUCCUAGAGGCUGAGCAUGAGGGACCUGUGAGCAUGGUGUCAGUGUCGGUGGACAGCCAAAAAGUCCUGGCUGUCACCUCGACCGGUAACCUGGGUUUCCUUGAUGUCAGCAGCCGUGAAUACAGCACACUGAUGAGGUCUCACACAGACACUGUCCUCGGCUUCAGCGUGGAUGGCAUUCGCCGGCAUCUAACUACAGCCUCAGCCGAUGGAACAUUGCGCAUAUGGAAUAUGGAUUCAUUGCAUCAGCUAUUUGAUUUUGCGUCUGAGGACAGCCCCUGCGCCGUGGCUUUCCAUCCACACGAGCAGACCUUCUGCUGUGGCUUCACCUCGGGCAUCGUCAGAGUCUUUGACAUUUCUAAUGCCAAGCUGCUGGCUGAACACAGGCAGCACAGAGGUGAAGUGAUCGGUUUAGCUUUUUCUCCAGAUGGGGAUUUCAUGCACAGUGCUGAUGCUCAAGGUUCCCUUGCUCUUUAUGAUGCCUCAGAAGAAGACCACAGUGUGAUCAGAGUUGCGUGUAACGUUGUGGCUCGAGGCACUGAGCGCGCUCCAGAUGCUCUCACAGUGAGCGGCGACAGCCGCUUCCUCGCUUUUGUUGGACCCUCUCAGAAUAUAGUCACUAUUGCUGAUGCACAGUCACUGGAUGAGCUGCUGCAUGUAGACGUGAGCAUUCUGGAUGUGGAAAGCCCUCAGUUGGAUGUGGCCCUGAAGGUUUGCUUCUCUCCAGCUUCGACUGAACAUUUACUUAUCGCCACAUCGGCAAACAAGAUAUUGUGGGUUUGCACCAAGAGCGGCCGUCUGCUCCGAGAGGUGUCCAAUGUGCAUAAACACCAGUGCUCAUCCCUAAGUGUGAAUGAAGACAGCCGAUUCCUGCUGACAGCUGGACACAACACUGUGAAAGUGUGGGAUUACAACCUGCCGCUCCACAAUAACUCACAGAUGUUCAUAGGUCACAGUCAGCCCAUCCGCCAGGUCGGUUUCACCCCUGACCAGAUGGGAGUGGUCUCAGUGGGAGACGCCAUUUUUCUGUGGGACUUUUUGGCAAGUCCUCGGGACUCUCCAGCUGACGCCAAGUCCUGUCUCAAAGCAAGCCACACAUCCUCUCAGAAAGCAGACACGAGUAUGAACGCACUGCGACUGUCCAAUGGGAUGCCUCGACAGAAGGCUCCCUUCCCCUCUUCACCACCAAGGCUAGACUUCAGUGCCAUCAACCGAGACGAACCAGCGGGUUCCUUUUCUAUUUGUGAAGAUAAGCAAGACAAUCCUGGGUUUCCUUUUAACCGAUUAGAUUCCAGACUUGCUGUCUCCUUUCUCAAAGUCACAGACAUGGACAAUAAUAUGUCUCCCCACAUAGCUGAGUUGCAUCAGAACAAGCCUGCGCGACCUGAUUGUUACAAGCACUUUGUCCCUCGUCUGAAGACCUCCUAUCUUGAUCAGACCAUUGUACCACCGCAACCACGAGAAGAAGGCAUCAAGCUGAAAGCAGUGAUUGGUUAUAACGGCAAUGGACGCAAUAAUAUGGUUUGGAGCCCUGACCAAGGCUUAUUUGCAUACACUUGUGGCAGUAUGGUGGUGGUGGAGUACCUUCAUACAGGCAGUCAAAGACAUUUGCAGGGACACACCGAGGAAAUCUCCUGUCUUGCGAUCACAAAUGAUGCCCAGAUCGUAGCGUCUGCAGCUGGAAGCGGUGAUGGAGACAAAAGUCUCAUCUGCAUUUGGGAUGUUCAGAAUGGAGCUUGUAGCACAACGAUUUCAUACCACAGGGGGGCAGUACAGAGUCUCGCUUUUUCUAGAGAUGACCGCUUCUUUCUGUCUGUCGGAGACUUCUCAGAACCUGGGUUGGCUCUGUGGAGCAGCAAGAACUUUCAUUUGUUAUCCAGUGCAAAUGUCUCUGGACCAAUCCAUGAUGCAGCCUUCAGCCCCUUCACGUCUGAUCACAUGGCAUGUGUAGGCAGCCAAGGGGUUUAUUUCUGUGUCGUUUACACGCAGGGCCAAGAGGUGGACCUGAAGAUCCAAAGGAUGGCUGCGCCGGCAGAGGUUGGGGAUGUGGAGUUUGCAGCUCUUUGCUACCACAUGGACCCCUUUCUGUUUACGAGCACAAACCGAGGACAUGUGUGCGCCUGGGACGCCAACACGCAGGCCUGCCUCAUAAUCUGGGAAGCUGAUGACGAUGAGAUUGGCGUGCUGCUUUGUCGAGGAAAUCGUCUGUUUGCGGGUAGCAGCACCCGCCGAUUACGAGUGUGGGACAUUGGUGCCAUGAAGCGAAUAACGUCUAAAGAAAAAGCCUGCAGUGCUGAAGACAGCAGGGAAACGAUUUCGGUGGAGCGAGAGAUAAUGCUGGACGGCACGACGAUCAGCGCGGCAUUUGACAACACCAUGGACAUGGGCAUCGUCGGCACCACAGCAGGGACCCUUUGGUACAUCAACUGGUCGGACAAUAGCGCCAUCCGUUUAGUCAGCGGGCACAAAGCCAAGGUGAACGAUGCUGUAUUCAGCUUUGAUGAGAGCCACUUUGCCACGUGUAGUGAGGAUGGAAGCGUGAGGGUGUGGACAACCCACAGCUACGAACUGGUGGUGCAGUUUCAGGUGCUAAACCAGGCCUGUGGCUGUGUUUGUUGGAGCCCCGCUUCGAUCAAAGACCACACGCGUGUAGCUGCAGGAUACGGCGAUGGGACCCUACGGAUCUUCCAGCUCGCUUCCACAGAGAUGGAAAUAAAGAUGCAUCCUCAUCAGGUGGCUGUCACUGCCAUCCAGUACUCUGCUCAUGGUCAUGUGAUCGUGUCAGCAGGAAAGAACGGCCUGGUGGCUGUUAGCAACCCGACAAGUGGAGCGACUCUGCGCGUCAUCAGGGACCACAAAGGAGCAACAAUCACCACAGUGCAAUGUGUGAAUGAACAGUGUAAGAAGUUUGGACUGGAGGGAAAUGAACUGUGGUUGGCUGCUGGUGCAGACAGGCGCGUCAGCGUUUGGGCUGCUGACUGGAUAAAGGAGAAAUGUGACCUUCUGGACUGGCUGUCAUUUCCUGCUCCAGCUCCUUCUCAGGAUGAUUGCCUGCCACCGAGCAUUGCUGCCUUCUCCCCUGAAGAUCACAGUCUGGUGGUCUACACUGGAUACGGAGUAGAGAAAGAGCUGCUGUUUUACAGCCUGUCAAAAAAACAGAUCAUAAAAAAGAUCAGCCUGCCCCAUUGGGUCUCAUGCAUGAGCCUUUCAUCCAAGAGUCAACUUGUUGCCGUGGGAUCAAAAGAGCGAGUGCUGAAGCUGAUUAAGUCAACCAGUGGCGUGUUUCAGGACUUCUGUCAACACAGCGACUCGGUGCAGACGUGCCACUUCUCCCCCUCCGGGGCACUCCUUUUCUCCGUGGCUUUUAAUGAGAUCCUGCUGUGGGAGGUGCAGGGUCUCUGAGGACCUCUCAUCUAGUCUACAACAAUCAGACAUUUCUUUGUUUCUUCUGUUGUGACUAAAUGUCUUGUUCCAUAGGUUUUUAAAUAUAAUAAUGUUUAGAGAAAUUGAUCUGAAUCUAAAUAUUUUUACUGUUUUUAAAAUAAAACUGUUUACAACAAAGAUUCUAUUGCCUUUUUUGACGCUUCUAAUGUUGAUGAUGAUGGUUUUUUUUAAGCUGAUGUGAAAUCUAUUAGUUUUUUUUAAAUCAAUUUAUGAAUUCAUUACACUUAAAAGCUGUUUUGGUUUAAAGUUUUAUCUUUAUUUGAAGCGUUUGAAUCUUGCUGCCACAACUUUAUUAAAUCCAAUUAACUGUC